AUGCCCCCAAUGUGGUAUUAUCCAUUACCGGUACAGUACGAACUAGUUCCAGUGUACGAUACACAGGACUAUCAUGGCGUCAACUUGCAGGGUCCCGGAGGGUUGCGAAUCAACAGCAAUAAUGUUCACGUCAACUUCAAUUGGAAAAAGUCCAGUUUUGACGGGCUAACAGCAUAUGAAUUCCCAGAUGAUUACGGUCCUGUCCUACUGGUUGUCCAGCCACCCUCCACCGAGACAAAGCGGCGUACCGUCCAAGCAACGGUCAGGCCAACAACUAUAGCAUCACGUUCGGCAGUCAAGCCGGGGGCAAAAGCUGUUGUGCCGCCACAAGCCACCGGACGAGCGGAGACAUCUCGACCACAACCACAGAGAGCUCCAACCCCACUCGCAGCCACCGUGAACACGAGCGUCUCAAAAUCACAACCAAAAGCCACCACCACCACCCCUUCGGUCAUUGUUCCACAACGCUUUGUGCCUCUUUCGAACUCUUCAUCCGAUGGUCUCCUUAAGGUGAUCAAUGUCACAAAGAUAUCUUGCCCUGAGGAGGGAAAAUCAAAGGAUUGCUUACAACUCAUUUUGACGAGUCUCGACAAGGAUGGCUUAUCUUCUGAACAACCUUCGUUUUUGUACAACUGCACCUGCUUUAUCGGUAGGCAAACGAUCAUUCCAGAGCCACUUGGGACAACCUCAGAGUAUUUGCAACCGCUUUCUACCGAAGUUUCAGGGACUAGUAGAUCUACCAGUCAGACUGAAUUCGGUCGACCUACUUCGACAUUACGUCUGCCAGAGAGCCCAACAACUGCAAGUUCUUCAACGACACCUAUGGGAUUAAGGCUCACAGGUACAUCAACGGUACAUCGUCCCGCGGAAGGCACAACUGCCGUUGGGACCACACAACCAUACAAAGGAGUUGUGACAACCAACGUAACUACAAUAUCAUCCACAGCAGCGUCAACGGAAUCUUUCGCGACCCCUGUCCUGACAGGAGGUGGAUUCUCAACAGAAAGCGUCACCGAUUCAAAAACGACAGUACAUUUUACCACAGGAAUCUUGUAUACGGAGGUCAACUCGAGUGCUUCCAGUGAUCAAGGAGGCUCUGGAAGGCGAGGAGGACCUGGUGUUGGCUUUUCCAGUGAAACUACGCCUGAGUCCACUCCGGCAGUCACGUCAUCCAGUGAGUCUCUGACAUCUUUGGGUUCAGCGACCGGUCCCAUAGAGGCUACACCAAGUGGAUCAACUAUCGGCUUUUCAAGCGAAAGCACGGGGGCAACGCAUCCUAAAUCGAGUGAGUAUACACAUGCGAUGGGUCUAGCAAGUGAGUUUGGUACUACGGAAGCGAACACGACACCAAAUUUGCCCGUGACAAGCUUUCAUGGUGACCCAACGUUGAUUUCAACGGAAAUGACGGAGAGUACACCUGUUGUAUCAACCAAGACAGGUUUCAUAGUGACCGAAACAACAAAGAAUGGAUCAGCGACAAGUCCCUCAACUGAACGCACAUCAGUGGGGACAUUUACACCAACGAUGACCCUCUCGAGUGAGUCUGGUGUCCCGGUAACGAAUACAUCCGAGGCUGUGUCAACCUCAAGUUUUUCAAGCGAAACUAUGAAGAUCACAUCGGGACCAUCGGAAAUAACCUCUAGUGGGUCGACACCAGCUGUGAUCCUUACAACUGCUGCCUUGGAAGCAAAACAAACAGAGUUUGAAAUGACUACCAACUUCUCAAGCAAUGAAACGACAAAGUUCACACCGAGUACAUACUACAUGUCGGUCGGAGGCUUCAGAACUGAGUCAACAAACAUCAGUUCAACUGCACGCGUGAAUGGAACUGCGUCACUGUCAACUCAGCCGACCGAAACUCCAAGCACUACUCUAACUUCAGCUACACCUAAUACCACCAUGUUUGGUCGUACCGAGCCAGAAACAACUGAAUUCAGGUCAGACACGAGCUUGUUCACUGCGUUCGUAACAAACACGACAGAAACUACACGGAACGAAUCUACAACAGCCGCAGUUAUCAUGACCGAGGUUUCGCCAACCGUGUUUAACAGAACUGACGCAUUCGCAGCCAAUACAACUGAAUUACAACUGCCGACCGACAGUGAAGGCACUUUGAAGUUACGGCCAGUCAUGACAGACGGUGUCAUUACCGAACGGGGAUCCGUGGGUACCACUACAGAACUGGUUUCACACAGUCAAUACACGCCAUCCACAACCUCCUCCGAGAUCUUUUCAAGCGUGCCUGAGCUGAUUACCCCAACGGCCACUCUGCCGAAAACUACACACAGUGAAGUAACGGAAAUUGCUGAUGGAACUCCAUCAGUCGCCACAACACACAAGCCGAUAGCACUGGUAAGCACAACGCAUACCGAACAGUAUCAGUCCACAGAACGAAUCACACCCGCACGGUCCACCGUCGGAUUGGUCGAGGUUUCAACUUGGCCAACUGAUAAGAUCACGACAAAUACGUCACACAAAAGCGAGGCAACUACGUUCAUGACCGAACAAACGCAUACAAUGCAGCCUUCACCGACGAUGGAGUCCAUCGGGGUCGGAAAUUUGACCAGCACUUUUGCGGCCAGUUCACUCUCAACCAGAGUGUCCACAGAAAGUUCUGACACUGUCUUCCCUACCUCAAACAUACCAUCCGGUUCCUUGACAACAGAUGAAAAAAAGAGUUCCGUCGGAAGCUCCGUAAGGAUACCUGAAGUGAAAGCCAUUGUCACCACGCCUACAACAGCUUUGCUGCGAUCUACCCUUCCAACUAUGGGAACCAAAUUAGAAUCGGUAUCUCCGAUUGACGUAUCCACUGUCACAGAGGUUUCCAACGCAACCACUGUUAUGAAAACAACCGGUAUUUCCACUCAUCCACCUUCAACAACUUCCUCUCUCCCCCCAAAACCCAUCGUUCUUAUUCCUUCGGACAUUAAAUCAUCCGCGUCACCUGUUACACCUUGCCCCGAACCAGGAACCAAGUCAUGCACCGAAACCGUGACUGCAGUGCCAGCGUUGGGAUUUUUUGGGCCAUAUACUUGGGUACCGAUCCUGAUCAUUGUCAUUCUGUUGCUCAUCAUCCUAUUGCUCGUCAUCAACUGGAUUGCGUGUGCUUGCUGCAAAACGGUAGGUCGAAUAUGUAUUGAUCCUAUGAUUGGUCGAUUUAAAUUUGUGAUCGAUCCGUCUGUCUGCGCUUAUCUCCCGAUCAAAUCAAUAUGA